UAAUAUACUUUGCAGGUCCUUCAUAGUUUUAGGUUCUUAUGAACUAUUGAAAACCAUUCAAUAAAUGAGAGUGAGUCCUAGGUUUGACAUCUCCCAUUCCCCUUUUUCCUGUCUUGAGACAUUGAUUUAAUAUGCAAUUAUGUGGCUAUUCCCUUGGCAAAAUUGGUUAUGUAAGUGAUACUUUAUUCCUGAAACCAACAAAUUUUCAGAUGGUUUAUGAAAUGGCUGAAUGGAGCCAAGUAACCCGUCCAUGCAAAAAUGCGGAUAGAUAGUUAGUUUCAGCUAUUCAAGCAGACAAUUGUCAAGUGUUAGAUUCAGAUAAAAGAUAUUCUGCAUAAAUAUGAUUUUGCUUUCUCUUGUUUUUAAAGCUAUAUUUUUUAUAUCUGAUAUGAUAAUCUUUACUCAGGUGGAAGAUAAUGGUCUUAGCAGCUGUUCCUUUCCAUUCAUAGUUGCAGAGCAAGAAAUUUGUUCAGAGAUAUGUAAGCUGGAGAAUGUCAUUGAGGCAGCCGAGACUGCUGAUGACAUCCAAAUGAAAACUAAACUAAUGGAAGAAAAGACCCAAGCAUUGUAUUUCGUACAAGAAAUGGGUUGGCUCCUUCACAGAAACCGUGCGAAAGUUAGGCUGGGUCCUGUGGCACCUCUACAAGAUUGCUUCCAUUUUAAUCGGUUCAUGUGGCUUGUUGGCUUCUCUAUGGACCAUGACUGGUGUGCUGUGAUGAAAAAGCUCUUGAACAUUAUCUUUGAAGGCACUGUGGAUAUAGGAGAGCAUACAUCAGUUGAGUUAUCAUUGUUAAAGAUGGAUCUUCUGCACAAAGCUGUAAAAAGAAAUUGCAGGCCUAUGGUGGAACUACUGCUAAAAUUUGUGCCAGCUAAUACUUCAGUUGGUGGAAUCAGUAAAGAGAAGCAAGUCAACAAGUCCCCUAAUAGAUUCAUAUUCAGACCUGAUUCUGUUGGGCCUUCUGGAUUGACUCCCCUUCAUGUUGCAGCAAGUAUGCAUGGUUCGGAUAAUGUAUUGGAUGCAUUAACUGAUGAUCCAGGACUGGUGGGAAUUGAGGCAUGGAAAAGUGCUCAGGACACUACAGGUUUGACCCCUUAUGAUCAUGCAUCCCUGCGGGGCUACUACUCCUACAUUCAACUUGUCCAGACGAAAAUAAGCAACACAUGCAAAAGUGAACAUGUACUUAAUAUCCCUGGCACUCUUGUAGAUAGUAACAUAAGGCAGAAGCAAUCAGAUGGCCAUAGGUCAUCAAAAGUUUCAAGUUUGCAAACUGAGAAGAUUGAAACAACAGCAAUGGUGCGACAUUGUGGGGUAUGCCAGCACAAGUUGGCGUACGGUGGUAUGAGAAGUGCACUGGUUUAUAGGCCAGCAAUGCUGUCAAUGGUUGCCAUUGCAGCUGUGUGUGUCUGCGUGGCUUUGCUCUUCAAAAGCUCACCCAAAGUCUAUUUCGUAUUCCAGCCAUUCAGUUGGGAGUCAUUGGAAUAUGGAUCCAUGUAAUGUUGUAUAUUAGAUAUUCUUUGCUUUAGGCCUGGACUUUUGUUUUUUCAAGUGUGAAAGUCUUAGUUCUGAGUAUAUACAUCUAUGAUAGUUGCUGUCAUCAAAAUAUGUAGGGAAGGUUUACCUUCACUUCAGAUGUUCAGCACAAAAUGUUCACUGUGCUAUCUAAUGUUAGGUAGAUGGUGUUAUUAGUUCAUGUAUAUUCAAAGAUAAUAGGGUAAGUUCGCUGGAAUUAGGAGGGUACUUGUAAUAAUCAAUAAUUAUACAAGUUUUACUACAGGUGAGUACCCUUUAUUGCUAUCUUGAUUUAUUGAUGAUAUUAUGAAAAUUAUAUAAGCAACUAUAUUUAGUUUA